UGGACUGCGGGGUUUGGGUGUAUAACCAGAUCACUGCUGAUUCAGAGCACGCAGUUCUUCGGCAAAAGAAGAGUUCCUAUAUUCUAGAGGAUGGUCAAGUGAGUAUGGCUCAGUGUUUGAGCAUGUUUAGAGACCUUUGGGCUUUGUGACCCAUUGCUACAUUACUCACUGCAGUUCCACCCACGGGCUUGGCAUUGAACAUUACACCUUCAUAAAUACUGUUUGCAUAUUAUCAACUCGAUAAAAGCCAGAAUGUAUUUGUACAGAGCUUUUACUUACUUUUCAUAGCACAAAGCAGCUGCUUCCACUUCCUUUUCCUUAUUCUUUGUGCUCCGUCUGACGGAGGAAGAAAGAAGUCGUACUGAUAAAAACUGGCUCCACAGAAGACAGUGGAUUCCGCCUCUAAAGGUUUAAUACAGAAACCACGGCACAAAUGGGCCUCCACAUCACCAAGCACUCCAAAGUAAAACAAGCUAAUAUACUGAUGUUAGGACUCGAUUCGGCAGGGAAAUCUACUCUGCUGUACAAGUUCAAGUCUGAUGACGUUUUUCUAACGAUUCCAACAAUUGGCUUUAAUGUCGAUAUGAUCGAAACGGGGAAAGAUUUUACACUGACUUUUUGGGAUGUUGGAGGACAAGAGAAAAUGAGACAGCUUUGGUGCAAUUUCCUGGAGAAUGCAGAAGGACUCAUGUAUGUCGUGGACAGCGCUGAUAAGCAACGUCUAGAGGAAUCAAAGAAAGCAUUUGAACUCCUUUUAAAGAAUGAAUCCAUAAAAAACGUGCCGGUCGUCGUGCUAGCAAACAAGCAGGAUCUGCCCGGGGCUUUAAACGCUGAGGAAAUAACCAGGAGAUUCCACAUGAAGAAGUACUGCUGUGACAGAAAUUGGUACGUCCAGCCCUGCUGUGCCGUCACGGGAGAAGGUCUGUCAGAAGCACUCCAAAGGCUGACUGCAUUUGCAAAACACUACAGCAGAUCAAAGGAGAUCUCUACAAGUUUUAAGCAAAAGGAAAAAAGUUAAGAAUUUAUGCCGUCAGAUUUUGGUGAAUAUGACUCAAAAUAUUUUAUAGGACUAAAAUAUUUGAUUCUGGAGGACUCAUUUAUAAGUAAAUAAAUAUUUAUAAUGCACUUGGACGAUUUUAAAUUAUGUUCUUAUAUCUGCAGAUGCUUCUGAGAUACGGCUGCACUUCAUUUGACUAGUGGCACCACACUCAGGGUUAUUCAGCUCAGACGUGUGUGCUGAAUGGUAAAAGAGGAGAGCUGACCACUUCAAUUUUUGUAGUUGCAAAGAAAAUAGGUGAGCAAUGCUUAAAAUGUUUACGCCAAGUAAUUCAUCAAAAGGUAACAGAGCCAAGCAGUUCAUUCAGUAACAAAAGCAAGAGAUAAGAUGUUGUCUCCUUAGAUGUACUCUGUGGAUGUGUUCGUUGCUUAUAGUUGUUUGUAGCCUAAGCUCUUAGCUAUGUGCAAAAAGAAAUGUAACAUUAUUCAGUACUUGUUUGGAUACUAUUGCAUUCUAGGACCGAUUACUAUGAACAGAUUUUAACAAGCAACAUCUGCUCCUGCCGAGGCACAGAUAAACCUGCUUGUAAGGUGUAGGUCUGCUGUCACACUGUUACCCCCCUGUCCCUCUGCUGUUGUUUGGGGCUGCUGGUCAGCUCUUAGAAAUCGGACGGAUCCUGUCCUGCCUGUAGCAAAGCCACCUUAGAUUUUGUUACUGAAUAAUUUAGUUCUGAUUAAAUCUGACAUAAGAAGUGCAACAAAGUGCUGAUCCUGUUGCUACAGUUUGGGGAUUAAAAAAAAAAUAAAAAAAAAUUGAAUGAAAUUUCUGUUGAGACUUCCUGAUUCAUGAAGGAGUGAAUUAGUAUUCUGAAUGCUUUAAAGCAACGAUGGAUUGUUAACUAGAAGACUAAUUGAACCGUAUCGACCGUGAAAACAGUUUAAAUGCUAAGAUGGAAAAGUUAAUAGAGCCUGUUCCUUCAUAAGGAAGUGAAAAAGACCGUUGGUUAUGUAGUUAUUGGUUAUACAGUCCCAGAACAUCCAGCCCAUCUAUUUCUGCCUUCUUGAGCCAUGUCUGCAGAGGUAGGAUGCUCCGGGGCUCAGGAUGUUUGCUUAGACACCUGCAUUUCUUCUCCCCUGCAUCUAUCACAAUCGCUGGCCAUGUCCUUCAGUCACUCAGCAGCCCCUUGGCAAAACGAUCUCUGAAAAGCUGUGGCAAAGCUCAGCACGUGUUGCCUGGUGUGUAAGAAGUUUGCAUUUCAUUCUUAGUAAUAAACAGGCAGGAAUUUCAAGUUGCAGAAGGGUGAAGAAGUAAGUAAAGCCCUCAGCUGUACCCUGCUGUCUCAUGCAUGCGUUGUUCACAGACAAGAAGUCAUCAGGUGAAUUCACUGCAGUAGUGAACAAAGGAAGCUUUCUCAGCACAAGCUGUUAUUAACACUGACGGCAAUUACUGUGGGCUAUACCCUGAGUCAUGUUGAGCCUACGUUUCCAAGAGCAGAGCAGGUCUGCAGACUCGACAUUGCCUGGGCUGUUCAUUUAGAGUCAGUGUAAAAUACCUUCUAGCACAGAAAAUAUUUCUGAUGAAUGCGCAACCUGGAAAUGUUGUUUUUCCAAACUCAACAAUUCAAUGUUAAAAAUGUAACAUUUCAGAUCAA